AUGGUCUUGCGCCCCUUCAUCUCGCAUCCGGUAUUUCUGUCUCGCCAUAUCCGGGCCAUGAGUUCCAAAAAUCUCAUUCAUUUUGGACCUUUCGAAGUCACUGACCAGGUCUUCUAUAAAGCGCCACUUUGCUACGCUUUGGUCAAUAUCAAACCCGUGCUCCCAGGUCAUGUGCUAGUCAUUCCAUAUCGACCAGCCCAGCGUCUCACAGACCUCUCUCAAGAUGAAGUCACGGACCUGUUCACGACAGUGCAGAAAGUUCAGAAGAUGUUAGCCAGCAAUUACUUCGGGGCUGACGGCGCUGCUGGCAAGGUGGAAGAUGGGAGCUUCAAUAUCACAAUCCAGGACGGCAAAUGGGCCGGCCAGACCGUUGCUCAUGUUCAUUGCCAUAUCAUCCCACGCACCAAGGGCUCGGAUGAAGGCGACGGAAUAUACGAUAGGUUAGAGAGUGAGGAAGGCAACGUGGGAGGUGGACUGUGGGAUCAAAGUCGGCCUACACAGCAUGGAAAGUUUCCAAGAAUCGAGGAUGCGGAUAGAAAACCAAGAUCUGCAGAGGACAUGAAUCGAGAAGCGGCUCUUUUCAGAGAGCAAAUGGUUUUGGUGGAUGCUAAGUCAUAA